AAAGCAUUCUGGGAGUAAAUGACUCAUGGCGGAUACGUGAAGCCAAAGAGCUUGUUUUACUAUCGGAGCUCGCCGUGGACCGCAUCUGCGUGUCGUUUGUGUGUGGAAAUUACUAGCAAAACCUUCGACAAUCAUGGAACGGAUACCACAACAUACAGUUGGAUUAUUUUCAAUUUUCCUUCUUAUAAUAGGUAUUUCUCAUGUGUAUGGAUUAACACUGACAACAAAAGAUGAGACGGGGACUAUAGGACCCAACCCUGUGACUGUCAAGUGUGACUAUGUCGUGGAAACAGGAGAAACACUUUUUUCAAUGACCAUGAGUAGGAAGAGAGCUACAGACCCAGGUUUCACAAACAUUGCACUGUUCACACCACCUGCAAGCUCAUCACUCUAUGAUGCAAGUGUUACACAGAAUUUUAAAGAUCGGACAACUCUCAUCUUAUCUGGUGAUUUAUCCAAUGGUUCCACAAGUGUGCAAUUUGAUCGUGUUGAGUGUGAGGAUGAGGCAGCUUACAAGUGUACUGCUUCUUACCAAACAGUUGCUGGCGCGGCUGCUUCAGAAGAAGCUGAGAUGAAUCUUCUUUUGCUGGCUGAGCCAGGGACACCAGCCAUAACACCGUCUCCUGCAACUAGCACCGGCUACACGGAAGGGCAGCAGGUUGAGUUCCGGUGCCAGGGAGCUGUUGGAAAACCUGCCGGAGACUUCCUGUGGUUCCGGUACCGUGACAACACCCCUACGGACAUUACCAGUCUGGCCAGACUAAAUCCUCCCUAUCCGAGUUCAGGAACUUGCACCUCUGAACGAAUAAGUCAGCUCACUCUGAAUGUCAGCAGACUGGACAAUGGGAUGAUCAUCCGAUGUGCUGCAAACCACUCUACAAUCACACCGCCUACGGGAUCCGACACAUGCGACUCUACAUGCUAUCAAACUGACGCCAUCACAGUUUUCUAUACGUUCAGUGACAGUGACCCCGAUGUCAGCUCCAACCCAUCAGGGGGCACACACAUCGUUGGCGACACCGUCACCCUGAAGUGUAACGCUGUUACCAACCCACCAGCGACCUACACCUGGCAGAAAGAAGGAGAGGAUAAUUCCACAUCAUCUGGCGAUGAAUUAACGCUUUCUAAUCUCCAAAUUGAAGAUUCUGGAAUAUACACAUGUUUGGCCACCAAUGUUGUUGGGGGUGUGACGUACAAUGCAUCAAAGUCCCUCAACAUCAAUGUUGUUGCUACAACCACAUCCCCUCCCACUACAACCGCUACGAGUACACAAAGACCUUCUCCUGGAAAUACUGAUGCUGUUAAACCAGAACCUCCAGGCGACAGUGACAAUACUGUCAUCAUUGCCGUGUGCGUCGUGGUUGGGGUGUUGCUCAUCGUCGGCAUCAUUGUUGGUGUCUUCUUGUACAGGAGAAAACAGGCAAAGAAUCACAUUGAAGAACCAUCGGAAAAACCGUACAACAACCAGAAUAUGUCGAUAUACAGCACAAAACCAGACCUGGUCACGAAUGAUCCCAAGAAAUACAACCAGUACAAUAAUAAAAAUGAGGAUGCUCUGAACUAUGCAGACUUGCAAUUCGACACAAAGCCUCGGAGUCGGAAACCAGUGGCCCUGGCCGACACCAUGACGGAUUAUGCGGACGUUUCCAUGCCCCAAGUCUGAUGAAGGAAGUGUCAAUUUCCUGCAUGGUGAUAUGAGCGUUAUCAGAUGUCAUGUUCAUUGCCAUAUGAACAAUAUCACUUGUUAAGAGAUAUCAUGUAUAUUGAGAUACGUUACCACACACGAUGUGCAUGAUCAUCAGUCAGUGCUAUGUAUGGUUUGUGUUACUUAAAAAAUGAAAAAAUGCGCAAAAACAACAAAGGUGAUUUUCUCGAUCAGCGUUUGUUGAAACAUGGAGUGAUGGAGAUAAACAAAGGAUGAUUUUCUUUGAGUGUUUCAUAGACUGUGAAUGUCCAGCUAUACAGAUUACCAUUACCCGGAACAUUUGUCCACAGAGAUAUAGAAUCUUGUGAGUCAUUACAGUGUGAUCAUAGACAUUCUGCAAUACUACAGUUCCUGCAGAGUGACUCUUCGAAUGAUUUUACCCAAAUGAAUAUAUGCCUUUGAAAAUUCCUGCUUUUCAUGAGAAACAUUUUACUGAAGUUUCGAAAACCAUUGCUUUCUCGCGUGGAUACAGAAGCUGGAGCUAUCACAAGGGAUUUGCCAAAAGAUGGAAAAUGAUGUACUGACCUGUGGAGAAGCGACAAGGCAUGAUGAGGACCACUGUUUUCCUCGUGGUCUAGAUCUUGAAGCAUGUGUCCUCUUGUGACAUUGUUCCAGGUCUAAGGUGACCAAUCCUUGCACACUGAUUCCAACUGUGGCUUUUGUAUCGGACUCUGUGAUUUGUAUUCAAGUAUUUGUAGUUAAUUUGUCUUCAGUGAGAAUUUGUUUUAAAUGGAAACUUGAUGAUACACUUGGCUACCUGUGGUUUUCAAACCAAAUUAAUUAAGUCGAAUUAAGUCCAACUAGCAGGAAGUGAUUUAUUUUUUUAAUUUGCAAAUCUGAAACAUUUGUUAUUUCUUCUCCCACCCCUGAUAUAUUGUCAUGGCAAAUUUCAAUGUUGGUGAAAUGAUUAUGUGAAAUUGAGACACUACAGAUUUAAAUGACAUAUUUAGCCACUUGAAACUGAGACACUACAGACUGGCUUGUUAUGAGCAGAGGUUUAGAAGACAGAAUUGUGCUUUGUUUUAACACAGAACUAUGAGUUAAAUGUGUUCUAUCAAGUUUGCAUUUGGCAAAUUUGUAUUAAGAAAGUUACUUAGUAUUUGCCUUUUGAGGCCUUAGAGAUCUAGAGACUUUUUUACCUUCCCAAAGUUUUUCUUCCUACCCUUAAAUUGCAGUGACAUUCUUUUAUUUUCCUUUUUUCAACAAAGAUGAGAAAAUACUUUAAAAGGCCAGCGUGAAAGCACGAUUCCUCUGUUGAAAGAUUCUGAGUCUUGUUAAUAUUUAUAAUUGAUUGAAACUGGACAGGAACAUCAUUGUAUGUAAGACCAUACCAACAGCUCAAGACAAGAUUUACAAAGGCAGUUAUUCUGAUAUCAACCAUGCUAUUAUUUUAUGUAAAAUAUUACAGACUUGACUUCAAGUGGACGUCUUCAGGACUGCAUUUUACAUGUCAUUGCUCGGUGUUAGGGACUGACCAUUUUAACAAAUUGAAAGAUUGUUUUAAUGAACUUUUUUUUACAAAGGCUUUUAUCAACAAUAUGUUGUUUUGUGUCAAGAAUGUAUGUUUUUACUUACAGUUUAAAGAUUGAAGUAUAUGGAAAAUCAUUUUCAGGGGACAAUAUAUUUUUGUAAUAAAAUCCCAGCCCCCAACCCUAGGACAUCAGAUGGUCAGUUCCUUAAUAUGUUUAUUUCAAUCUCCCUAUUUUAACCAAAGACAUUGUGUUGCCAUCAUGCUCAGUCUUUUAUUACCAUGGCGAUACUAACGCCAUUAAUCCGAUCUGUUGAACCUUGAAUAGGGGUAGUGUGAUGUUUGAUAGUGUGUUCUAGGUUUGGACAUACUUUGUUGUCUUAAUAUCAGAGAAUCCUUUGAAAUCAAAAUGUAUUUUUACGUGUGACAUUGUAAUGUUUUGUUUCACGCACUUUUUAAGACUCAUGAUUGAUUCAUCACGAAUAAAACAUUUCACUUCCUUAUAAUCUCAACCAAUAUUCUACACAGUCAUAUUUCACCACAUCUGAUGUGUCGUGUUUUUUGUGUUUGUAAAUAACAUAGACUAUUGUCAUGCUCUUUACUCAAGUCUGCUAAAGGUCAGUUGGAUAUUGUAUUCAGUUUAUCAGUUGUCAUAGUAACUUAGAUUCUGUUACUAAGAUGAAACGUCAAGAUACUUAAUUAGCUCUGAUGGCCAGUUUCAGUUUAGACUGUCCUUGAAUGUGUGUUUAUAGCUGUCCUUUAAACUGGAUCUCAUUCUGUAUUUGGUGUCUAUAACGAUCUGUCAUUUUAUUCAGUGUUCUAUGGAACUUGAUCAGUUUUAAUACAGCUUUGAUAGAGCUCUUCAUUAUGUUUAGAGAAUGAUACCCUCUUGAUGUCUUUUUUUAUAACUUUGCUAAACAUAAUAGAAACUAUUAUAUUUUUUUCAUGAAAAGAAAGACCUUGAUAGUUACAUGAUUUCAGUUAAGGUUGCUGUAGAUGAGAUCUAAUCUCAGCCAUUGAUAUUAUUUUCUCACAUCGGCUGUGAAACCAACCAAAAGAUAUAUCUUUGUUUAGCUAGAUAUAGAAUGCAAUAGAUAGAGUGUUAUGAUAAUAAUGCUGAUUGAGAACGAACAGUUUUAGUAUGUUCUGCCCAUCAGAUUGCUUUAAUGAGGUUGUGAACUGAUACUUUGAAAUACUGCUACAUGUUAUUGUUAUACAGUUUUAAGCAUGCUUCAGAGCCUAUUUCAUUUUCAUGAGGAAAUGCACAUUUCUUCUUUAAUUCUUUUACAUGUCUUCUUUGCUAAAUGCCUAUAUGCAGAAAGCAAUCUUGCAUUAAAGUUCUUGAAAUUGAAGUUAUAACAAAUUUUGACUAAAAAGAGUGAGAAAAUGGAAACUUAUUCAGGAUUAGAUAUACAAAAUUAUGAAAAUACGCUAUAGGCUUUCCUAAGCUCAUUAAUUUGAAAUAAGUGACUAGUAGUCUUUCCAAUUUCAGAAGAAAUUUCCAUCUCAUGUAUUCUGUAUAUUACAAACUGUGUCCUUGCAAGAGGAUCCUAUACACAUUUUGCCUACUAUAUGUAUUGCUGAUGAUUGAUUCUACAUUCAUAUCUUCUCAUUUGGAUAGAUCAUCGGCACAUUGUACUGAUUGUGAAUAUACAUGUUUCACAUUUUUUUCAUGAUUGUGACUGUGUUUCACAUUUCUUUCAUGAUUGUGAAUGUGUUUCACAUUUCUUUCAAUAUUGUGAAUGUGUUUCACAUUUCUCUCAUGACUGAAUGUGUGUUUCACAUUUCUCUGAUUCACACAUGAUUCACAUUAUCAAGGGAGACAAUCCCAUGAGUGACACAGUGGCUAUUACGCUGCUAGUAUUUUUUAUAUGAAAUCAACAUUUUGGCUUCUUCGGAGGUUAAAAUGGAUCUUGGUGUCUUACUGUGAUCAUACUGACCAAACUCAGUUCUCGCACGUUUUCAUACUCGGUUUGUGAGACAAAGGGUUUUCUACAUCUUCAAAUUGGUAUAGUCUUGAUAUUUAUUCCCAAGUUGUAUCUGGGUAAGUGGUGGUUACACAAUCAGUCGUUUUAAGAUCUUGCAUAUUAUCAGACCUAGUUGUAUGAUCUCAUCACAGUGUACAGUAAAACUUCACAUAGUUCUGGCCACCACCUUCUGCUUUGUUCUGGCUCGGCGCUACUAGAUUGCACCCAGCUCCUAUGUCAGAUUUAAAGUAAAGUAUAUAAUUUAUAUUUUGCUUUGUUACUAUUUGUAAUUCUGUUCAGAGUUAAUUUAGGUUAGUUUGAGUUAUUGGAGCUAAAUUUGAGAGCAUCAUGUCAUCUCAUGAUGGUUUUGUAAGAUUUUAUAUGUUUGAUGUUCAUUUGUCAAAUCUUUUAACGAUAAUGAAAAUCAGCACUUCUUGGAAAGUAUGUUGAAAUUUGUUCUUAUCUGUUUGAUUUUAAGAAUUGUAUUGAGUGUAUUAUAUAAUAUAGUUAUAUUAUUUUUUGAAGCUGCACACCACAUCAGCUGCCUGGAUUUAUUUAGACAUGUGUCUAGAAGACCGUACGGUGAUAAAGGUUUCUGAUGAGUGUACAAGUGGCUCAUCUGUAUGCAUGAAUGUUGGUUUUGUUGUUUGUCCCUUUACCUGUAGUGGUGUUUUACUUGCAUGUCAUCCAAUAUUGUCAUCACAUUGUCAUCAUUGUCAUCCCACUGUUGUCGUCAUCAUUGUCAUCUAUUGUUAUUUCAUUUGACAUCCUCUAGUCUCAGGUGUUUUCAUCAAGCCUCCAGAAAGUGCCUCCAAAAGUAAGACAGCCUGUACUCUUAAUGUUGGGUUCAAGAGUUUUUGUUGUGUGGUUUAGGUCACAGGUUUUUUGUUAACUAGUUGGCUCCGUUGGGUUAACUCUUACUUCUUGCUGUGCACAAGAUAAACCUAAACAUCUAAACAAAAUUUUAGAGAUGAUUUUUACAGUUUUAUCAGUUUUUAGGUGGCCAGAAGCUGUACUGUUUUAGUAUCAAUCUUGAUUAUUUUUUUAAAAGAAUCAGAUUUUGUUAAUCAUGUAGUUUUUGUGUAUAUAUCAAAUUUGGCAAAUGAUAACAUUUUAAAAAAAUUAUUUUAUUUUUUUUGUCUGACUUUUUGCUCCAGUCGUUCUUCUGGUACCCUGGACAUUUAAGCUGUGUGUACUGAAGGGUAAGGUGUUGAUGUACAUACCCCUGUGAUUUGAGGAUGAUUCCUGGUCAUAAUUGCUUAUUUCUGAUUCAUUUGUAAUUACAUCAUGAUUAGAUUGUACAUAGGUCAUAUUAGAUUAUUAUCUCAGAGCAUAUUUUAUUGUAUUGCUAGCAUGAUCGAUCACUGUAAAGAACAAAUAAAACAAAUUUAUAAUAA